AUGUAUCUUGGGGCUUCUGGGGUCUUAUCUGGCACCAUGUCUAUCACCUCCCUCCUGUGGAAAAAUUCUGGUUUACUAGUAUUCUAUCAGAACCAAAGAAAUUCUGGUGAUGUGAGAUUGGGCACACCCUUGGGUUCAAUCACAAAUGAUGGUCAGAUUUGUUUGAUCAAUCAGGUGUAUCGACAAACAAAUGACAUUAAAGGAAGUGGGUGUAUCACAGCUCAGAAGAACUCGACAAUAUAUAUUCCCAGCGCUAUUCAAUCAUUUGAUACCCAACAAAGCAUUUACUUAAAAGACAGUGAAUCAUCAAUCAUUGUUCAAGCUCUUUCCACGGCCCAAACAUUCAACGUUUAUGGAUUUGGAAACGGUAACAAAAUCGGUUUAACAGUGCCACUAGUUGGAAACCUUAUUCCAAGCUAUCCAGCGUACAAGUACGAUGAAUCUACGGGUAUUUUGACUUUGAGAAACCUUUUACUAAAACAAAACUUCAAUAUUGGUUUGGGCUAUAAUCCUUCUUUGUUUCAAAUUGUAACUGAUAGUGGUGCCGGUAUUCCAAGUACUAUUUUAGGUUCUGUUAGAUACAAUGGUCCAGUUCCAGAACGAACCUUGCCCUCAGCAUGUCAAAUUGAAUGUAAAGCACUUCCAGAAGCUCCAGGUGUCGAACCAACAGAAUAUUUGAUUACAGUGACUUCAACAUUAUUUGAUGAUUCAGUUACUAUUCGAAGGGGUAUCGUUGAUGUAACUACUGAUUCACAAGGUUCAUGGUACACAACAACUUCUUUGUUCCCACCUUUGUCAUCUUCGAGUUCCGAAGUCGUGUCUUCAAGUUCAGAAAUUGUUUCUUCCACUGAGCGCGAAUCUUCUUUGCAAUCUUUCCUGGAAUAUUUUAAUUCGCUGUCACUGUACGCGUUUGAAAGCACUUCUUCCAUCCUUGAAUCCAGCUCCCAUCCAAGUUCUGAAGUUUCAUCCACUCAAGAUGACGCCAGUGAAUCCAAUUUUAGUACAUCCAGUUUAAUUUCCGAAUCAAAUGUUUUAGAAAGCUCUGACGCUUCAGCCACUUCAGAUGUCUCAUCUGCUUCUGAUAUUUCAUCUGCUUCCGAUGCUAGUGACUCUGAUCCCUCAUCUACUUCUGAUGUCUCAUCUGCUUCUGAUAAUUCAUCUGCUUCUGAUAUCUCAUCUACUUCUGAAAUUGCAUCUAGUUCUAAUACUUCAUCUGCUUCUGAUAUCUCAACUUCUUCAGAUGCUAGUGAAUCCAAUGCAUCUGCUACCUCUGGUGCUUCAUCUGCUUCUGAUGCUAGAGAAUCCAAUGCAUCUGCUACCUCUGGUGCUUCUGAUGCUAGUGAAUCAGAUGCUUCUGCCACUUCUGGUGCCUCUGAUGCUAGUGAAUCCGAUGCAUCUGCCACUUCUGGUGCUUCUGAUGCUAGUGAAUCCAAUGCUUCUGCUACCUCUGGUGCUUCUGAUGCUAGUGAAUCCAAUGCUUCUGCCACUUCUGGUGCUUCAUCUGCUUCUGAUGCUAGUGAAUCCGAUGCAUCUGCUACCUCUGGUGCUUCUGAUGCUAGUGAAUCCAAUGCAUCUGCCACUUCUGGUGCUUCAUCUGCUUCCGAAGCUAGUGAAUCCAAUGCAUCUGCCACUUCUGGUGCUUCAUCUGCUUCUGAUGCUAUUGAAUCCAAUGCAUCUGCUACCUCUGGUGCUUCAUCUGCUUCUGAUGCUAGUGAAUCCAAUGCUUCUGCCACGUCUGGUGUUUCAUCUGCUUCUGAUGCUUCAUCUGCUUCUGAUGCUAAUAAAUCCAAUGCACCUGCUACCUCUGGUGCUUCUGAUGCUAGUGAAUCCGAUGCAUCUUCCACUUCUGAUGCUUCACCUAGCUACAAUCAUAUAGAAUCUACUGAAUCUGAUGUCCAAGCUGAGUUCACCACCACUUGGACUACAACCAACAGUGACGGUUCUGUUGAAACUGAGUCUGGCAUUGUCAGCCAAUCUGGGUCAUCAUUCACCACCUUGACUACUUUCCCACCUGAAUAUGAUGUCCAAGCUGAGUUCACCACCACUUGGACUACAACCAACAGUGACGGUUCUGUUGAAACUGAGUCUGGCAUUGUCAGCCAAUCUGGGUCAUCAUUCACCACCUUGACUACUUUCCCACCUGAAUAUGAUGUCCAAGCUGAGUUCACCACCACUUGGACUACAACCAACAGUGACGGUUCUAUUGAAACUGAGUCUGGCAUUGUCAGCCAAUCUGGGUCAUCAUUCACCACCUUGACUACUUUCCCACCUGAAUAUGAUGUCCAAGCUGAGUUCACCACCACUUGGACUACAACCAACAGUGACGGUUCUGUUGUCACUGAGUCUGGUAUUGUGAGUCAAUCUGGAUCAUCAUUCACCACCUUGACUACUUUCCCACCUGAAUCUGAUGUCCAAUCUGAGUUCACCACCACUUGGACUACGACCAACAGUGACGGUUCUGUUGUCACUGAGUCUGGCAUUGUCAGCCAAUCUGGGUCAUCCGUUGCUACUAUUACCACAUUCCCACAAUUGGUUGCUGCUGAAUUCACCACCACUUGGACCACCACCAACAGUGACGGCUCUGUUGCCACUGAGUCUGGCAUUGUGAGUCAAUCUGGGUCCUCCGUUGCUACUAUUACCACAUUCCCACAAUUGGUUGCUGCUGAAUUCACCACUACUUGGACCACCACCAACAGUGACGGCUCUGUUGCCACUGAGUCAGGCAUUGUGAGUCAAUCUGGAUCAUCAUUCACCACCUUGACUACUUUCCCACCUGAAUCUGAUGUCCAAGCUGAGUUCACCACCACUUGGACUACGACCAACAGUGACGGUUCUGUUGUCACUGAGUCUGGCAUUGUCAGCCAAUCUGGGUCAUCCGUUGCUACUAUUACCACAUUCCCACAAUUGGUUGCUGCUGAAUUCACCACUACUUGGACCACUACCAACAGUGACGGUUCUGUUGUCACUGAGUCUGGCAUUGUGAGUCAAUCUGGGUCCUCCGUUGCUACUAUUACCACAUUCCCACAAUUGGUUGCUGCUGAAUUCACCACCACUUGGACCACCACCAACAGUGACGGCUCUGUUGCCACUGAGUCUGGCAUUGUCAGCCAAUCUGGGUCAUCAUUCACCACCUUGACUACUUUCCCAUCUGAAUAUGAUGUCCAAGCUGAGUUCACCACCACUUGGACUACAACCAACAGUGACGGUUCUAUUGAAACUGAGUCUGGCAUUGUCAGCCAAUCUGGGUCAUCAUUCACCACCUUGACUACUUUCCCACCUGAAUAUGAUGUCCAAGCUGAGUUCACCACCACUUGGACUACAACCAACAGUGACGGUUCUGUUGAAACUGAGUCUGGCAUUGUCAGCCAAUCUGGGUCAUCCGUUGCUACUAUUACCACAUUCCCACAAUUGGUUGCUGCUGAAUUCACCACCACUUGGACCACCACCAACAGUGACGGCUCUGUUGCCACUGAGUCAGGCAUUGUGAGUCAAUCUGGGUCAUCCGUUGCUACUAUUACCACAUUCCCACAAUUGGUUGCUGCUGAAUUCACCACCACUUGGACCACCACCAACAGUGACGGUUCUGUUGUCACUGAGUCUGGUAUUGUGAGUCAAUCUGGAUCAUCAUUCACCACCUUGACUACUUUCCCACCUGAAUCUGGAGUCCAAGCUGAGUUCACCACUACUUGGACCACCACCAACAGUGACGGCUCUGUUGCCACUGAGUCAGGCAUUGUGAGUCAAUCUGGGUCCUCCGUUGCUACUAUUACCACAUUCCCACAAUUGGUUGCUGCUGAAUUCACCACCACUUGGACUACGACCAACAGUGACGGUUCUGUUGUCACUGAGUCAGGCAUUGUGAGUCAAUCUGGGUCAUCCGUUGCCACUGUUAGCACCUUCUCACCUGAAGCUGAAAAUUCUUACCCUAAUAUUUGUAAGAGAGGUGGUGAUGAAUGUUUGUCUGGGAGUAGCUUGUCGACAUUGAGACCGUAUUUUAGUAACACCACUACCCCAGUUCCAUCCACUUCCACUUACGCUUCAUCUGAGAAGCAUGUUUCUGGUACUGAGGUUCCAGAUUUUAUUGCUGAUGUUGAAAGUAUUGAUGUCCCAAAGUAUCUGGAAGACGAAUUUGUUACUUCUAGUGGUACAGGGGUGAAUACAAUGUUCACAAGUCAAAAUGGAGAGGUUGCUACAGUUACCAGUGACUCAACUGUUGGAGGUUCUGACAACAAUAUCGCCACUUCUACUUUUGUGAAUGACGGUGGUGAGUAUCCUGUGACUUCUAUUGUUACGGAAUGUAUCAAGAGUAUCUGUUUCGAAAGUACUACUACUGUCCUUGCAUCUGGUUUAGCUGAUAGUUCGGAAGAAGCCAAAGGUUCAGAAGCAAGUAAUGGUGAACAGCCAUCCAGUACCAUUUCUGGCGGUAAUGCUGCGGAAAUUUCGUCAAUUCAAAGCAGUGAUGUUGAUAUCACUACUACUUCUAUUAAUUCUGGGUUUACAGGUCUUACAGACACUGGUUCCAACUCCGAAACUAGUGGCCAUGGAGAUUCCAACGAUGGUGAUGCUCAAUACAAUGGUUCUGGUAAUAGUGCUGAGAAUGGUGCCGAUAAUGGUGAUUCUCCAUCCGGUGGUUCCAAUAAUGGUUCUGCUGAAGGUGGAUCGAUUGUUUUGUCGGGUUUACCGAAUAUUUCUGGCUCCACAAUGACAAGUUCCUUUACUGUGCCUGCUACUUCCCGAGUUAUAUCCAGUUACACCAACCAAGCUUCAUCCACGUUUUCUCCAGCAAUUGUAUUACCAGCUGAGAAUGGCGGUAUAAGGUACUCUACUGGAGGUUCAUUAGUCUUUGGGUUGUUAUUAUCUGCUAUCAUCUCAUUUUUCUGA